UUCGGACUUGAGACCGGCUGUUUUGUUUCUUCCGGCGCGGCGUCGCGAUGGCCUUCAGGGUACUGACUCUGUGUCAGUCGCCUCGAAGAAUUUCGCUUUUCGUAAUGUCUUUGACAGUAUAUGCUGUUUUAGACACGACGAUCGCAGAGAGGAGGCUCAGAUUUGUCACAGUGCUCUAUCGUCAUGGCGACCGGUCACCUGUCAAGGCAUACCCCACUGAUCCCUAUCAGGAGAGUGCGUGGCCUCAGGGUUUCGGACAGCUUACUCAGGAUGGGAUGAGACAGCAUUUUGAGCUGGGGCAGACACUGAGACAACGCUACCGGGGAUUCCUCAAUGAAACCUACAACCGACACGAGAUUGCGGUGCGGAGUACAGACUUUGACCGAACCCUCAUGAGCGCCGAGGCGAAUCUUGCGGGGAUGUACCCGCCCAACGGCUCCCAGGUCUUCAACCCCAAUAUCACGUGGCAGCCCAUUCCUGUCCACACAGUGCCCCAGGAGGAAGACAGGCUUCUGUCGUUCCCACUGGCUGACUGCCCUCGCUAUGACCUCCUCAUGAAUGAAACGAAGAACACAGAGGCCUUCCUCAACAUGACUACCUCCUACAAAGACUUCCUUGACAUGUUGAAGAACUACACUGGCCUGAAAGACGCCACCAUCGAAUCGGUGUGGAGCAUCCACGACACCUUAUAUUGUGAGGCAGUGCACCACAUGCACCCUCCCCCCUGGGUGACCCCGGAAGUCAUGGAGAAGCUGAGAACGCUCAAAGACUUGAGCUUCCAGAUCAUGUUCGGAUUUUACAAGCGGGAGGAGAAGUCCCGCCUCCAGGGAGGUGUCCUUCUUGAGCAAAUCCUGAAAAACAUCUCUGAGGCUGCGGUUCCCAGCUCCAAGAGCCUUUUGAAGAUGAUGGUGUACUCCGCGCAUGACACUACAAUAGUGGCGCUCCAGUCAGCCCUGAACGUGUUCAAUGGGAAACAGCCCCCCUACGCCUCCUGCCACAUAUUUGAACUGCACCAAGAAGACAACGGGUCAUUCUCAGUGGCAAUGUACUACAGGAACGACAGCACCAAGGAUCCCUACCCUCUAAUGCUGCCGGGCUGUGCCCAGUUCUGCCCCCUGCAGGACUUUGUGCGAAUUACCCAGCCUGUCAUCCCCAUGAACUGGGAGAAAGAAUGCCAGGUGGCAUCCAACAUAAAGGACACAGAGGUCAUCAUCGGGCUGACGGUGUGCGGCUGCCUGCUCUUUAUCCUCAUCGCCCUCCUCCUCGCUGUCCUCUGCCGGCAGCGGGAGCAGACGGACGGCUACCGGCACGUGAUCAACGAGGGCGACGACCACUCCUGACAAUCAUUUGCGCUCCUUGGGAAACAGGACCCGUUUGAUGGCGAGGAGGACUACUGAGCCCCCCGACCCGCAGCCUUCCGGGAGGGGCGUCUGGGACUAGGGCCCAGUGAGCAGUGCUCUUAGCCCAGGUUUUUAGGUUUUUAAUAAUGGGGACCUUAACUUUUAGUACCACAGACAGACACGCACGCGUUCGUGGAAGAGCGCACCAAGCGGCCUGCUCUCUGCACACACCGGAUGAUCAGGUUAGUAGUAAUACCGUGCGCGUGACGAGUAUCAGCCAGGGGACACAGGGGUAAUUGCAUCAGUCUGUA